UAUGAAUAUCAUAACUAUAUAAAGUUUCUCUCAGAAUUGAGUCUGAAAAAAUUGAAUUACUUUUUUGUCUUUUAUUUCUUCUCUGCCAGAGGUGUUACCAUCACUUCAGUAACCCUUAAAUUGAAUUCUAUUCAUGUAGGAAACUUAUAUCUUCAUAGUAAGUUAUAAAAAACUGAACGCAAAAAAGUUGAUAUCUUUUUCUACCAUCAAUGCGUGAAUUUCAUAUAAAGUAGUGUUGCAAGUUCAACACCUGCCAGGUGUACACUGAGCUACGUUUGUUUCGCAUACAUUUAUCAAUCGUUGCACGUUUUAUUGCAAUAGAAUAAAUAUCAUGACCAUGAUUUAUUGUGUCAACCUCGGUCUUUGUUUAUAAACGCACUAUUUUGCAAUUCAAUAAACUGUUUGUAUAAUUGUUUCCUCUAACGAAACAUGAAUGAAAGAAAAAUCUUUAUUUCCCUGACUAAGCUUCCUGAUCGUGUGUGAGUUGAGAUCUACGGCCUUUUACAUCUUGCGUGUAUACUGAUCCUUUGGGAGUUUUAGAUAACGAGGAUUGCGAUUCGUAGAAUGACGUCAGCGGAAGAAAUCGUGAUCAGAAUUAUAAGUACACUUCGAUCACGAAUAGCUUGAAUACUCCUCACUUCCCCUUUUAAUUCUAUACUAAUUUUAUACAAUGUACAAUAACUGUUUUUUUUUUUUAAUUAUUGCAUUUAAUUAUUAGUGACUCUAAUGACAAUCAAAAUAACAUUAUUAACUUCUGAAAAGUGAUACCAAUGAUGAUGACUGGAUACUAAGAUGGAACGUAUAAUAUUUCGAAUUUAGAAAUUUUAAUUUUGGCCCAAGAAAGCUAAUCAAACUACUUUUAUUAAAACAUUAACAAUACAAUCCGGAGAUGGCGGUAUAGAGGAAGGAGGAAUUCUUCAAAUCUUAAUUUUGACGAUAUUAAUAUUAAAAGUAAUUUAGAAAGAAAAUAAUACAAUUUUCAAUGGAUGAAUAAAAGGUCCAUUCGUUUGGAUUAUCUUCGUCGCGACGCGCCGCGCCGCGCCGCGCCGGUUCGAAAGGAUCGAACAAUGAAAUACACGAUUGGUAUUUGAGAAACGGAGUUCAGUGACCAAAGCAUCGAACAGUCGAAUCGGUUAACCGACUUAACCAGUUGGAUGCUGAUCGUGUAAAGAGGCUUAAUCCUUUAAUCAUUUAACCGCGUGCGGCAUUAGUGGCGGCGAUAAAGCGGAGGGGGUGGAUUUAAAAUAGCAUUAGAUAGGCAGUGUGCCGUCAGUCGGGCUCGAAGAACGAGAGUAGUCGUGGUCGUGGUCUAACCGUGUCAGCGAUUCAGCGAUUCAGCGAUUCAGCGAUUCAGCGAAUUGAAACGACAACUACGCGCCACGUGAUAUAUCAUACAGAGUUACGGAUAUUUUUGUCCAGACCAAAAUAUGGGAACUUUCCUACGUUUACUCGGCAUCUCGAGCGACGAUAAUAGAAUCGAUCAGGCCACCGGGCUGACGGAGAAACAGAAAAAAUUAGUGCAGAACACGUGGUCCGUGAUAAGAAAGGAUGAAGUACGCUCUGGAGUUCUUGUGAUGACCACAUUCUUUAAAAAAUAUCCAGCGUAUCAGCAACAUUUUGCCGCUUUCAAGGACAUUCCAUUAGACGCCUUGCCGGAUAAUAAGAGGUUUCAGGCUCAUUGUGCCAGUAUAAUUGCGGCCUUAAAUAAUGUUAUCGAUUCGUUGCACGACCCAGGAUUAAUGGAGGCAAGCCUAACCAGCCUGGCCGAGAGGCAUAAAAAACGUGGCCAAACAAAAGAAGAAUUUGAGAAUUUGAAAGGGGUGGUGUUGCAAGUUCUCGGCCAAGCGUUGGGAAGACAAUUCACACCGGAAGUAUCCGAAGCGUGGAGCAAAACGUUGGACGUAGCGUUCGGGAAAAUAUACCAAGUGUUCGCGUCAUGAAAUAUCAAUUUUGACGAAUUCGAAAUGGCAACUCUAUGACGAUUACAAAAGAAUCAAGUAUUGUAUAUAUAUUAUUAGGUUGGAACAAGAAGAAUCUCAAAGGCUAUUUUCGUUUUACCAAACAGAAGUGUACGCGUUACUAAUAUUCGUGUACAAACAUUUUCCUCUAUUAUGUGAAUACAUUUAUUCUUUAUAUUAUUGUUUAAAGAUUAAACUUUUCUAUACUUA